CCGGAGUAACACAUUUUAAAUGGCCGCGACCUUAAAAGUAUGCACACGAUGUAUUGGAGAUCAUGCAUCCAAGUAUUUUUUUAAACUACCUACACGGAGGUGAGCAAUAAAUAAGGUUCACCCUAGCAUGUGACAGCCAUUUAUCCCGGACCCGGUUCACCAGCAGACAGACACACUAUUCUCCACACUCCCACAGUCCGGUCUUGUUAUUCUCAAUCACAGGGUCCAACAUGUCUCAGAAGAAGCUCCUGGUGGAUGUGGACAGUGGUGUGGAUGACGCCCAGGCCAUCAUGCUGGCGCUGGCCCAGCCCCACGUCCAGCUGCUUGGCAUCACCUGUGUCCACGGCAACACCAGCGUGGAGAAUGUGUGUCGGAACACGCUGAGGGUUCUCCAGGCUUGCGACAGACUAGAGAUCCCGGUGUUCCGAGGAGCGGCCAGGUCCAUCCUGGGGAUCCACGUCCACGGGGGAGACUUCCACGGCAAGGACGGGCUGGGAGACGUCCCGGACCCCGACGCCCCAGGUCUGGAGAUGGUCCAGAAGGAGGGGGCGGUGUCCGCUAUGAUACGCAUCAUCAACGAGAACCCCGGAGAGAUCUCUCUGGUUGCCACGGCGCCCCUCACUAACCUAGCCAUGGCGGUGAGACUGGACCCUUCCAUUCCCAGCAAGCUGAAAGGCCUCUACAUCAUGGGAGGCAACACCGACUCCAGAGGAAACACAACGGUGUGCGGAGAGUUCAACUUUGCGGCCGACCCGGAAGCAGCUUACAUCGUUCUCAAUGACUUCCUGUGUCCAACCUACCUGGCUUGCUGGGAGUUCACCUGCUACAGCAAGCUGCCAUGGGAGUUUUGUGACGCCUGGCUGGCCCAGGACACGAAGAAGGCCCGCUUCAUGGCUCGGAUCUUCCGCCAUAGCAUGGACCAGUCGCUCAGCGAGCGAUCCCAGAAGGAGAUGGUGGACGGCUUGGGCUUCGUGUCGUGUGACUCCUACGCGAUGGCGGCGGCUGUAGACGAUGCCUUCGUGACGGCGUGCGACCAGGUGGUGGUGAGCGUGGAGCUGGCGGGGACUCACACGCGGGGUAUGAUGGUCCUGGACACUCUGGGUCUGCUGGAGAAGACCCACAAGGCCUUCAUCAUGAAGAAAGUGGACCUGGAGAAGUUCAAGAAGAUGAUGAUGGAUGCUCUGAAGUAAAGGCUGUGGGGGUACUUCACCUCCCUUCCCUCAACCCUGUACCCAUUUCUCUCCCUUCUUUCUUCGCCCCCUCAAAUAUUAACUGGAGAUAAUCAAUGACUUUUGGGACCAUGCUCAUUCAGAAUGAUAUUUUAGCUCUUUAAAAACCUUUUUAGAAAACUGUAUUUUGGCAGCCUGUCUUCAGAUUUGUAUACAAAAUUUGAUGUAAAAAGAGAAGUUGAGCAAAGUCCAAUUAGGGAUAGUUUCAUAUUUUAUACAAAGAUUUGUACUUUUUUGUACAAGACUUUCAUAGAUGUCAGGUUCUAAAUCCUACUGCCCUGCUAGAAGGCAGAAGGUUCCUAAAGCGCUGGUCUUACUAGGCAAGCAUGUGCAUCACUGAUGUUGAAUGUACAUGGCUAUAAUGCCCUAUUU